UUAAAAUAUCAAUAGCAAAAAUGAGAAAAGAGAAGUGUCCCUAAUUGGCUAAUCAGAACAGAAACCCAAUUCCAAAUCUCUCAUCUCUCAUCUUCAUCUGCUCACUGUCACCGUCGCCUCACUGCCGGCGGUGGAGUUUCCGCAGAAAAACUUAGUGAUAUCUUUACAGAUUAAGUACUGAUGGUAUUUCUUAGCUGGACGCGUCCAUCUCCUGAAGAGCAGAAAGCAUGUAUCAACAAGUCUGGUUCAUUUAACUAUGAUAAUAGAUUCAGGGGAGCUACUGAGAAAUCUGCUCCUCUACUUAAGCAAGACAGAGAGCUUGCAAAGGAUGGUUUCUCUGUUAAUUGUGCUCGUGUUUUAGUCGGUUCAGGUGUUGAGACUUUUGAGAAGGGAAAAGCUGCCCUACAAAAUUGGAGGCAUUUUGGAUUGAAUUGGGCAUUUGUUGAUCCAAAAACUCCAAUUCAAAGUGGGACAAAGUUCUGUGUUUGUGUGAAGGAGUUCUUCCCGUGGCUUAUGAUGCCUCUACAGGUGGUUUAUGUCACUGAGAACAAAAACUCGAAAAAGGGGGCUUCAUUUAGUUUUGGCAGUGGAACUCUGCAAGGACAUUUGCUGGCUGGUGAAGAACGUUUUUCAAUAGCAUUGGACGAAAACGAUCUAGUUUGGUACGAGAUACUUUCCUUCUCGAAGCCUGCACAUCUACUGUCACUUUUUGGAUACCCUUAUGUUCUUCUCAGGCAAAAAUACUUUGCUCAUCGAUCAGGUAGUGUGGUGAAGAAACAUUUAUCUGCUUAAAAUAUGUGGGGAUGUAGCUGUGAGUAAAAAAAAGUUCCUCAUUGUAGACAAGAAAUCUUAGUUGUAAAAUAUUCCCAUCCACAAUUAUAUUGGGUCUUGAUUUCAUAUUUUUUUUGCAUUACAUGCACGACCUAGUUGCCAAUAAUGCAAUUCUAGUCCUUGUUAAAAAAUGACCCUGUGAAUGAUUUCAAGAAAGGGUCAUUCCAUUCUGUGUA